CUGGGGCCGGCCAUGGCGUCACCGUCACUCCGAUUCCAAAUCACCAAACAACAGAUCGCAAAUUCCUAAUCAAAGUCGAUCAAACGAUGGAAAAUCGUCGAUUAUCCAUGGAAGGAGACUCGAAUGAAGAACUACAAAUCAAAUUACUCACUCCCGAUCGUCAUGAUCGUAAGGGUGGUAUGAAAACCAUGCCCUUCAUUAUAGUGAACGAAGCAUUUGAGAAAGUAGCGAGUUAUGGAUUGAUGCCAAAUAUGAUAUUCUAUCUGAUGGAGGUUUAUCACAUGGAAGCAGCAACUGGAACAAGCAUACUCUCUGUUUGGUCGGCUUUUUCAAAUGGUCUCUCCAUUUUUGGUGCUAUCAUCUCCGAUUCUUAUUUGGGUCGGUUUCGGGUCAUCGUUAUGGGGUCUAUCUCUGCUCUUCUUGGGAUGACUUUUUUGUGGUUGACUACCAUGUUCCCACAAUUAAGACCUUCAUCUUGCCACGAACUCGACUCGAGUUGCAGCCCUGCAACAGCAACCCAACUCGCUUUUCUUUUCUCGUGUUUCGGUCUACUCUCGAUCGGAUCUGGCUGUAUCGGACCAUGUUCCAUAGCCUUCGGUGCAGACCAAUUACGAAAACACGAUCGAGCCUCCAUCGACAACCUGAGGAUCAUCGAUAGUUACUUUAAUUGGUACUAUGCAUCAAUAGCCAUUUCUACUGUUUUUGCGUUUACUUUCGUGGUCUACAUUCAAGAUCAGUUUGGUUGGGAGGUCGGGUUUGCGGUUCCUGUCUUGAUUAUGCUUUGUUCCACUCUUAUGUUCUUACUCGGCUCGUCUCUUUAUGUCAAAAUCGAAGUCAGCCAGAGCCCGUUUUCAGGGUUUAUUCAAGUUUUGAUCCUUGCUUUUAAGAACCGUAAGAUCAGUCUUUCUAGCGAUGACUGCUACAAUCAUGCCAAUGGAAUGGAUCGAGUUGAGCUAACCGAGAGCUUAAGGUUUCUCAAUAAGGCAUGCGUUGUCAGAGAUUCGAACAUGGAUUCUUCGGUCUUGAAUCCAUCGAGUCUCUCCACUGUCGAAAAGGUGGAAUCACUCAAAUCGCUAAUUCGGUUAGUACCCGUGUGGUCUUCGGGGAUUUUGCUAUCUACCGUCGCUUCACAGAACUUCCCAACACUCCAAGCGAAAACAAUGAACCGACAAGUCACCUCAUGGUUCGAGAUCCCGGCUGGAUCGUUCAACGUGUUCUUGGUCUUGACAGUCUCAAUAUGGAUUGUAUUUUAUGACCGAAUCUUGGUUCCACUUCUAGCAAAGCACACACACGAGCCUCGCGGGCUACCUCCAAAAACCCGGAUGGGAAUCGGGUUUCUAAUCUCAGUCGGGGCCAUGGUGGUAUCAGCGGUCGUGGAAACCGUACGGCGGGACUUGUCAAGGUCCCAUGACAACCCGAAUACGACAAUCGUCAUGUCGUCAAUGUGGUUGGUUCCACAGUAUGCGUUGCUAGGUGUAGCCGAGGCGUUCAAUGCGAUUGCGCAGAUAGAGUUUUUUUACUCGGAACUUCCAAAAAGUAUGUCGAGUGUUGUGAUGGCGUUGUACAUGAUGAGCGUCGCGAUAUCGGGCCUCGUUGGAAGCCUUUUGAUCAGCGUUGUGGACUCGGUGACGAGUGAAGAAGGUAAGGUAAGUUGGUUAUCGAGCGAUAUCAAUGAGGGUCAUAUAGAUUACUAUUACUGGUUUCUUGCAUUCGUGAGUUUGCUCAACUUUUUCUACUUCUUGAUCUGUUGCCGUGUUCACCGGAGUAUUUCGCCUGAAAAGAGUAAGUUAUCAGAUGAGCUGAUCGGAGAAGAAGAUUCUGAUAUUAAGCAUGGAAGUUCAACUGUAGAUCAGUCAUAACUUGCAAAGUUAUUGUAAUGCAAUGUGUAAGCUAUAUUAGUGUUCGGUUCAUUUUCUAUUAAGACCUGUAUCGAUAAAGAUGCCUGUAUUGAUAAACUUGUCUGUAUGACAACAUAUAAGUUGUUCGGUUGUCUUGCU